AUGCCAACCCCAACUAUGUUUUUUGAAUAUGAGUUAAAUAACACCUUAAUAAAAGAUAAGGAAAACUAUGAUAUUGAAGAACUUACUCAAAUAAUUAAUAAUGGACUUCCCCAAUUAAAUGUAGAUCAGUAUGCCAUAUUUGAAAGUAUAGUAAAAGCAAUAGAAACUCAUGCUUCUGCUAUAAUGUUUGUUGAUGGUCCAGCUUCCUCGGGUAUGGCAGCUUUACUUCUACCAGGUGGUCGAACAGCACAUUCCUGUUUUAAAAUUCCUAUUAAUGUUCAUGAAGAUUCUACAUGCACAGUGUCUUAUGAAGAGCAUAUGCCUUUUGUCACUAACUCAAAGGCAAAUACUAUUAAAUUGCCUGAAUAUAUUGUUUUAAGAUCUCAAGAGUUAAAUGAUAUGAUUCAUUAUAUAUAUCCUAACCUUUCUAACUGUCUUGAUUAUCAAUACAUGGUUGAACAUUCAAUAUUUGCUUCUAAGAAUAAUGACAUUAGCAUUAUCAAUUCUACUGUAAUGACUCAAUUCCCCAAAGAAGCAAUAGAGUAUCUCAGUGCAGAUUCAAUUGUGGAACAAAGAGAAACUAACUAUCAAUAUCCAAUUGAGUUUCUUAAUUCUUUGAAUUUUGGAGGUCUUUCCUCUUAUAAAUUAAUACUAAAGUUAGGAACUCUAAUUAUAUUACUAUGGAACAUUCAUCCCCCUAAUGGUCUAUAUAAUAGGACAAGAUUAAUUUGUUGCAAUUUUCAGAAACAUGUCAUUAAAGCAAAAAUUAUCACUGAAAAACAUUUUGGAAAACAUGUUUUUCUUCCCUAUAUUACUAUGUCACCUUCAAACUCUGAUUUGCCUUUUGUACUCAAGUGUCAUCAAUUUCUAGUACAUCUAGCAUUUGCCAUAACUAUUAACAAAUCACAAAGGCAGACUUUAAACUUUGUAGUUCUUGCUAUUGAACAAGACAAAGAGGCCAUCGGGCAGACUAGAUUUACAUUUAAUAUUGUAUAUCCUGAGAUUUUUCAAUAA